AUGCAAUAACCAUUGAAUAAAAUCAAGCUCAUCCAAAAUAAAGAUGUCACUCAAGAUAGGAAAAAAGCAUCCCAAAUUUUGCAUUAUCUUAUGGAGAGGAAACAAGAGUCUCAGUUUGAAGAUCCAUUUGAAUUACUUAGAAAUAUGAAUGAUGUCUUAUAUAAUUAUGGAGAACAAAUCAAACCCUAAACGGAAGAAAAUGAUUACGAAGAGAAUUCACUUCAUUAGAUAGCAAACAAUUCAAGUUCAAAAAGAGACUAAUAAGGGUUUAACACUGGCUAUGGAGCCAUGAGAUAAACAUAAGGAAUCGGUAAAGUGUUUAUGCACACUAAAUAGAAUAAUAGUAUGUAUGAUACUCUGACUUAGAGUAAUAACAAAAGAAAAAAUAAUAGAAUGAAUAUGACUUACCUUGGAGGAGAUCGAAAUGAAUCUCUUACUUAGAGGGAUCUUUCGUUCCCAGACAUCAAGGAGAAAUCGCAAUUACUCUCAGAAGAUACUAUCAAUAACUCUGCAAAGAAAAAUAAAAUCAAGCCUGCAAUCAACAAAUAGAUUGAAAAGCUACUUGAUACUAAUAUCCCAGAAGUUACAAAGAUGUUCGAUGGCCUAGAUUAUAAAUAUCAACGGAUAAUGAAAUUAAAAGAGGAAUUUCAAGACAUUAAGACAUAGUUUACUGCCCCUGUAUCUUUAAAAAGUGCAAAGAACAAGAAAAAAUCUAUCAAUAUUUCUCAUAAUUCUUAAUCCAUUCUUUAAACUGCAGAUUCAAAUAACAAUACUCUCCAUUUUUCCAAGCAUAUGAGCGAUUCAACGGCUGCAGAUCAAUAAUACCUCUAUGCAAAAAAUGAAAAUUAUGAUUACUAAAUACUUGAAAAUCCUUAAUUGGAGAACAAGUCAACUUUAGAAGAGACCAAUGAUUAGCGAAAGAAUGAAUCAGCUACUGACUCAUAUAAUAGGACUCAAUCCUAGCCAAGAUAAAGACUAUAGGAAAUGAUCCAGAAACACAAUAUGUCCAUAGCAUAAAUAAAAGAGAAUAUCAACAGUAAAGGUUUCAAAAUUAAUGUAUUCAAUCACACAUCUAUGUCAAAUGAUAAGAAUGGUAUUCAUCUAAAGAGAGAAAGGCUUCUUAAUUAGAAAAGAGCUUAAUUAGCUUUAAAAUCUUAAUGUGGACUGGAGGAAAUUCCUAGUACUAUCGGAAGCCAAACAGUGAAGAGGAAUAGUUAUGAUGAUAAUAAACAUAAAUAAAAGCUAGUUGCAAAACAUCUUAGAAAUGUGGAUCAAGAUAUUUCUUAUCAAAAUGCAAGCUUUGUUGAUAUAAGUAUGAAUACUACUUCAAAUAUGAUUCAUAAUCCUAGCUAAGAGAGACAAUUUGAUAACCCAGUUAGCUUUAGAAGAUAACUAAAAAAUUAAAUCAAUACUGGUGGCUAUAUGACUCUACAGCAAUUAAAUAUGGAGAAAGUCAGAUCAGAUGCUUUGAAGAGAUUCAAGAAACUAUACCCUAAAGAUUCAUAAUAUUAUGUGAAUGAUACUCAGCUUGAUGUAGAAUCUUCAUAAAGGGAGCUUGAAGAUAAAUUUGAUAAAUAUUAAAUGCUCAAUAAAGACUCUUCAUUAUCAUAGCAGCAGUAGACCUCAAGGUAAGCUGCAACAUCUGAUCCAAGAAGAGAUUAGUCUGGCAUUGACAAGAAUAAAUAGGGCAGAGAGAGCUUUUUGAUUCAAAACUAUGGUGAUGAGCUUUCCAAGUUGAAAAUUAAUAUUCAACCUUAGCAACAUGCAGGUGUUGCCCUCUAUGAGUAAUUUGUAGAGAAUAAGAAUAAGUAGCUUAAGAUGAUAAAAAAGCAGCAAAAAAAACUUUUAAAAAAAUAGAAGAAAGCUUAGGAAAAGGAAAAAUAGAAAAAUGCUUCAGUCGAAAAUAUAUAUCUUAGAGAAUCUUAAAGUAAAAAUCUAUAAAGCUAAGGAGGAGUAUAGUCAUCAAAAGGAGGUAAAAGAAAAUCUAAACAAUCCUCAAGAGCUGACUCAUGUAUUUCCUAAAAUAGAUUAUCGCAGUCUUUUUUAACUAAAUCAAUAAAACAUAUGAUAAAGCCAGAAUCCAAGGAGUUUACAGUAGGAGGAGAUUAAAUGAUAGUUGCCUAAUCAGCCAGAUAGGAUACUGUAGAGAUUUAAACUACCGAGACUGAUGGAGAAGGCAUUUUAAAAGAAGAAUAAUCAUUGGACCUAAUCAAUGAUGAGUUCUAGAUUCAACUCUCUAAACAGAACAAAAAUGCAAUUAAGUUUGAAAUAUAGCAGCCUCUUAGUUAGCAAGCAGAUUUAAAUAAGAGAGACUAAUCUUAGAAAGUGUAAAAUAGGAAGAAAAAAACUAAAAAGAUUUAAUAGGAAAAGGAAGUUGAGGAGGAAAUUCCGAUUGAAGUUUUAAUGAUGAAGAGUUCUAUAUUCAAUUACAAGUUCUAUCCAGAUGAGGAAUAAAUUCAGGAUGUUUAAAAUUCAGUGGACUCAACCUUAUGA